ACUGGCACUCAUCUAGCACAGAGAGGGCACAGAUUGGCACACAUCUAGCGCACAUAUGGCACAGACUGGCACUCAUCUAGCACAGAGAGGGCACAGAUUGGCACACAUCUAGCGCACAUACGGCACAGACUGGCACUCAUCUAGCACAGAGAGGGCACAGAUUGGCACACAUCUAGCGCACAUACGGCACAGACUGGCACAGACUGGCACUCAUCUAGCACAGAGAGGGCACAGAUUGACACACAUCUAGCGCACAUACGGCACAGACUGGAACUCAUCUAGCACAGAGAGGGCACAGAUUGGCACACAUCUAGCGCACAUACGGCACAGACCGGCACACACCUAGCACAGAUACAACACAGCUGGCAUCACUGAUAGAGACAUGGCACAACCUGAAGGCACCAAACAAAACCCUAAAAAAUACUUAGGGCAGGAUUAUGAGCAGCUGAGAGCACAGUGCCUGCCACCUAAUCCUCCCUUUGAGGACAAGGAAUUCCCUGCAAGCCAAGCCUCACUUGGGCCCAAGAAACAGGGAUUCGUCUGGCUAAGACCGUCGGAAAUCCAUCCCAACCCCGAAUUCAUUACCAGUGGAGCAACACGUUUUGAUAUUUGUCAACAAGGUUUAGGGGACUGCUGGUUUCUGAGCCCAAUGGGAUGUCUCACACUCAAUAAAGAAUAUCUGUCCCUGGUUGUCCCUCAGGAUCAAAGCUUUAAAACCAACUAUGCGGGGAUCUUCCACUUCAGGUUCUGGCAGAGGGGCGACUGGACGGAUGUGGUUGUGGACGACAAACUCCCUACUAAAGACAAGAAACUGGUGUUUGUGAAAUCAGCUGAGGAGAAUGAGUUCUGGGCUGCACUGCUGGAGAAGGCUUUUGCCAAGUAAGUGUUACCCUGCUCAUUACUGUCUGAUACCCACUCCAUACGGUACCUGUAUAGGCAGAAGCUCACUCCAGG